AUGAAUCCGGCCGAUGCCGUGGCGGGCGCCCUCCAAGAUGGCAAAGCCCAUCUGCUUCUCGCCUGCACAGGCAGCGUCGCCACCAUCAAGCUGCCCUCGAUGCUAGCCCACCUCGCCCGCCACCCGUCCCUCUCUGUCCGCAUCAUCCUGACGCCCUCGGCGGCGCAGUUCCUCACGGGCACGUCGGCCGAGCAGCCGACCGUCGAGUCCCUGCGCCGCCUCCCGGGCGUCGACGGCGUCUACCUCGAUGCCGACGAGUGGGGUCCCCACCCCUGGAAGCGCGGCGCCUCGAUCCUCCACAUCGAGCUCCGCCGCUGGGCCGACCUGCUCGUCAUCGCGCCCCUAUCGGCCAACUCGCUCGCUAAGAUCGCCGCUGGAAAUGUCCGACAACCUCAUCACGUCCGUCGUGCGCGCCUGGGACACGUCCGUCCGCCCCGACGCACGCGCCGCCGCAUCGUCGCCGCGCCGAGCAUGAACACCAUGAUGUACACCCAUCCGCUGACGGCGCGGCACCUCAAGGUCUCGAGGAGGGACUGGGGGCGGCCGCGACGAAUGGUUCCGACGUGCUGCGGCCUGUGUCCAAGGUGCUGGCGUGGGUGA